CAUAAAUCGUGUAAAUAAACAUCGCUGUAUUUCCUACUUUUUAGAGGAGAAAGACCGCUGAGAUUAUCAGGAUGUUUCAUUUCAAGAGUGGGGAUGUACACACCUGAAGAAAUGAAUAAAUAUGAAUGUGUGCUAGUGCCAAUAUGUGACAUGCUGCAUUGGUGGCUCAUUGCAUACAAUAUUAGAGCAGGCAAACUCUAUGUGUUAUGCAGUAUGGGGUGGCAAAAAAGUGAAGUUGCAUCCAGUAUACGAAGAUAUUUUCAGCAUGUGAGGCAAGAGCAAAGAUGGCCAGAAGACAUUGCUCAAAUUUCCCAACCUAUAUAUGCCGACGUGAUGCAACAAGCAAAUGGUUAUGAUUGUGGCAUAUUCGUGACAGAAUUUGCGAGAAGAAUAACAGAGGGGGUAAAGUUGAGAAAAGAUAUCAUGAUUCUUAAUCACUUUGUUUACUCUGUUCAUAUAAAGAUAGUGUUGUUUUGA